AUGCUGAAACCGCGGGACCUGGGCCCCGGGGCGUCCACGCAGACUUUCCUGGAGGCCAUGAGGGCUGGCCGGAUGCAUCUGGCGCGCUUUGUCCUGGAUGCCGUCGAUGGGGCGAUUGUGGAUUGCCGAUCCGACCGCGGCCGUUCGCCUCUCAUGUACGCCGUGCUGCUGAAGGACCCGGCGUGGCGACUGGCCUUUGCGCGACUGCUGCUGGAGCAUCACGCCGCCGUCAACCUGGGCGACGACGCCGGGCGCAGCGCCCUCAGUUUGGCCUGCGAGCGCGGCUAUUUGGAGGUCAUCAAGCUGCUGGUUCAAUUCGGCGCCGACCCAGACACGGUGGACGCGCGCGGCUGGAGCCCUCUCAUGUACGCCUCCUCGGAAGGGCGAACGGCGGUAGUCGAGUGGCUCCUGCGCGCCUUCCGCCGCUUCGGGCAGCUCCGCCUCGAGCGCGCAGACCGCGCCGGCCACACCGCGCUCCAGCUGGCCGCCAGCGGGGGCCACCACGGGUGCGUGCGGGCCCUGCGCUCGGCCGGCGCUUUGCUCCUCAUCUUCCCGGAGUCGCCGUCGUCGCAGGCCGGAGACGAUCACGACGGGGCCGCGUCGGCUGCUUCUCCCCCGCUUCGCGCGGCCAGGCCAGUCAUUGACAACAAUAUACCUAGCAGCCUACAAGGACUCCUGAUGUAG